AAAAAAUAACGAAUUAACGAACUAAACAGAAAAUGGCGUUAAGUUUCCCCUCAUCUUCAAUCUUCAUCACUUACAGCCACAAAUCUCAGCAUUAUCUUCCAUAUCAGACCGCCAUUAAAGCACAAAACUCCUCAUCAACACCACCAGAACAACAACCUACAGAAUCAACGAAUGAAACCGCCGCAACUCCGGUAGGGUUCGGGUCCGUGUCGACGUCAUCUCCGGCGAAGAAACAGAAAGGAAAAAAGGAAAGAUCUAGAAUUAUUCGACGAGAACCGGUUGAAACACCUAAGUUUGUUACUCAACAGAAGGAACAAGGGGCGUCGGAUGAGCAGCAGGGGAGCAACGAGCGUGCUUUUCUUCUUACGUGGUUAGGGUUAGGCUCGUUGAUUAUUGUUGAGGGGAUUGCUCUGGCUGCUUCAGGUUUCCUUCCUGAAGAAUGGGAUGCUUUAUUUGUGAAGUACCUGUACCCUUCAUUUACCCCUACCGUGUUCUUGUUCGUUGCUGGAACAGUUGUCUAUGGAGUUGUGAAAUACCUGGAAAACGAGAAACCAAAUAGCUCAAGUUAGAUCUUUACACGUAUGUAAUCUUGUACUUAUGAGCUCUAGACUUCUGUAACGCUUAUAGACUUCACCUAAAUAUCUAAUACAUUUUCUCCUUAAUUU